AGUUCAUAGUUUAUACCUCGACCAGAUGUAAAUAAGAGAAGGGAAGAGAAGAAGUGCAACUUUAAAUAUAAGAGAAGAGAGUUAGCAAUGUCAAAGCCAGGAACCCCAGCACCGCCUACAUCGCCAGUCCCGGUACAAGUAGCUCCAGUAUCAGCUCCAGCUCCAGCUCCAGCUCCAGUAGCAGCAGUCCCAGUCCCUCCCGGGACUGGAGUACCGGCAGUAGAGACAGUAGAGCAGAACCACGUCCUGGAUGGGAAUGUUAAUGGAGCUGUAGAUGGAGCCCCUAUCUCACUACAACCCAUGGAUUCAACUGCAGCUGGGACUCCCGGACCAGAGUUCACAACGUUGCCAAGUUCGACCCCAGUACCGGAGCCAGCUCCGGAGCCUGAAGAGGAAAUUCCCAAACCAACCUGGUCUCACAGCCUUUUUGGCUGCUUCGAUAUGGACAUGAAACUGCUUGGGUUGACAAUGUGCUGUCCCUGCAUAACAUUCGGAGCGAACGCGGAGCUUCUAGGAGAGGACUGGAUGUUGUACUGUUUGUUCUGCAUCUUACCGGGACCUAUGUGCUACUUCGGACCUUUCAUCAGAAACAAGAUCCGCAAAACUUUCGAAAUAGAGGGGACAGAUAACGAGGACGUACUGUCUUACUUGCUGUGUCCGUGCCUGGCAAUUGUCCAAGAAACUCAACAGUUGAAAUCAGCGGGCAUGAAGCCUGGAGGGGAAGCUAUGAACAGAGGAUAGACUCUUUUAGUGAUCUGAGAGCAGGUUACUAGGUUACUAGCUGGUUAAUAAGUUACUAGCAGGUUGCUUGGUAACUAGCUGGUAACUAAGUGAUUUUGCUUAAGAUAUGUUUUGAAAAGAUAUAGUUUUGUCAGAGGUUUGAUGAUUUCGCUUCAGGCAAUGAUCUGCUAACAUCGUUUGACAGUGAAUGCGUUUCUGUCACACUCUUUAUAAUUCAGCUUCUUAUCCAGGGGUGUAACCAUGGUUACACUACCUGUUCUUAUCGUUACACUAUAUGCUGAUUAUUCUUCUUAUUCUCUUAUUCUCUUACAAGUGGAUUCAUGAUGAUA